AUGGCUCCCUUUGCCCAGGUCCCGGCUGACAUUGGCAGCUUUGGUCGCUUCCAGGUACAGCUGCUGAUACUACCGAGUGUCCCCAACUUCCUGACUGCCUUCUGCAUGUUCACCCAGGUCUUCAUGGUCCUGGAUGAGGCCCACCACUGUUCAGUGGCCUGGGUCAAGAACCGGACUCUGACCCUGAGCGCUGCUGAGCAGCCGGUGCUGAGCGUGCCUGUGGAUGCGGCAGGCAGCCCUGAGCCCUGCCUCCCGUUCCGGCCACCCCGCGACGGUGCCAGCCUGGAGGACGUCCUCAGCCACAGCUUCAGUGAGACACAGCCUUGCGAGGCGGGCUGGGUCUAUCGCAGGAGGCCCCUAUCCCUAAGGAAUGAGCUGAACCUGGCCUGUGGUCGGAAGCAUCCGAAGGACACCUCCCAGUCGGUGGACCUGGCUAGGCUCCUCACUGGGGCGCUCAUCGUCGGGCCCCUCUGUGACUGGAUUGGCCGCGAGGCCACUAUCCUGGUGCAGCUGCUACUCUUCGCCAUCCUUGGCAUGGCCGCAGCCUUUGUGCCCGGCUUUGAGCUCUACGCGGCCCUGCGCUUUGCUGUGGCCACGGCCGUCGUUGGAUAUAACUUCAGCAGCGUCACCCUACGUGGUGUUCUCACGGUUGCAGAGUGGGUGGGGCCCUGGUAGAGAACUCAGGCUGUGGUCCUGGCCCAGUGCACCUUCUCCGUGGAGCAGAUGGCCCUCGCAGGACUCGCCCAUGGCGUCCAGAGCUGGAGGCUCUUCCAGAUGGUUGGCGCUGCACGUCUUCCGCUCUUCCUUUACUUCUGGGCUCUGCCGGAAUCUGCACGGUGGCUCCUGACCCGGGGGAGGGUAGAGGAGGCUAAACAACCGAUCCAGAGGGUGGCCUCGGUCAACAAGCGAAAACUCUUCUCCGAGCUCCUGAGCCAGAUGGUCCCAGAGAAGACCGGCCCCACGGGGGAUGCCCUGGAUCUGUUCCAACACCCGCACCUCCGCAAGGUGACCUUGGUGAUGUGCAGCAUGUGGCUUGCUAUCGGUUGCAACUAUUAUAUGCUGAGCCUCAGGAUGAAGGAAUUGGGAGUGAACAUCCACUUCAUGCAAGUGAUUCCUGGCAUGAUGGAGGUGCCCGCCCAGCUGUGCUGCAUCUUUCUCCUUGAGCAGUUGAAGAGGAAGCGAAGCCUGAUUUUGACUUUCUUCCAAGGUGCCCUCAUGUGCUUCCUUAGCCUUCUGCUCCCCUCAGAGUUGAAAUCCCUCUUGGUCUUGAUAAUCGUGCUUGGAGAGUUCAGCCUGGCCGCCACGGUCACCGCGUUCUACAUCUACCCUUCUGAGCUCCUCCCCACUGUCCUCAGGUAG